AUGGACCAGAAAGCUGGCCCAGCGCCGGUCAAGGGCUGUAGUACAUGCACCAAGCGACGCAUCCGGUGUGACGGCGGCCGGCCAACCUGCUUCAAGUGCGAAAAAAAGGGCCUCGAAUGCCCAGGCUACGGCCCGCGGCUGCGAUGGGCUGACGGCAUGGCGAUUCGAGGCAAGCUCAAAGGCCGGCUGCCGUUCGCGCAGCAAACGAAGAGCCAGUUGCAGGCCGGUCCAGCGGCUACCUCCCAGGAACUUAUGCAGCGGAUGAUGCCUACCUCGUCGCCUGACAUGCUCCAAACGACACUUAGUAAUUCGCUGCCGCAGUUGAUUGAAUACUAUGACAAGAACUUGGCCGGCCUGAUGGUCUGGGUCGACUCGGCGGAAAACGCCUACAGGCGGACGGUCCUGCCGCGGGUGACCAAUACACCUGGACUCAGACUUGCCGUGGCGGCAUUCGCCUCGCACCACGGGUCUUCUCGCUUUCAGCAUGCCAUGGAGCUGUUCCCUGAAGCAGCCCGCGAUGCGUGCCUCGGCAUGAUCCAUACUCGCGUGCAGGAUAUGACGAGUAGGCUGACCAAUGGAGUCGAGCUUGACAGCCAAACAGACAUUGCAGAUGCAGAAUGGAUGCUGGCCUGCAUUCUCAUGAUUGCGUGCUAUGAAAUGUCCAACUCUCAGGCGUCUGCUGCCGAAGGACAUAGGCUCGCAGCCAGAACCCUGGUCAACGUGUUUGGUAGUAAAAGGGGCUAUAGCAACGGACUCUUUGCAUUUCUUCGAAAUCAGCUUGCCAUCUACGACGUGCUGGUAUCGACAACCUCGUUUAGUAUAGAGGAUAUAAGAAACACGAUUAUGCCAACGCCGGGUUCCGAGAACGUCUUGUUCGCCGACUACCUAACCCAUCUUCACCAAGUUACCCUCGCCUCAAGGUAUCCAUCGCCAAUACCAGAAGAGGUAGAUGCCUUGAUUACCGGCGUGGACUUUGCGCCUGAUUCGAUUCGUGCAAGAUUUACACAAGCCAGGGGCGCCACCCUAAUUGCAGCGGGACGACUGGGUGUCGAGAAAGCGGUCAUGCGGCAAGACUUUGUUCGCUUGGUGGAUGUCUACCAUUACGCUGCUGUCCUGUAUUCCUACCGCUGCCUCGGCUAUGCCACUACCGACAAUAUGGAUUGGCAACCCACGGUGAACAAGCUAUUUGCGCAGCUUCUUCGCUUUCAAUACCCUGGCAUAUGCAUGCAAAACCUGCCGUGGCCCAUUUUUGUGGCUGGAACGGAAUGUUGGGGGGAUGCGCGGCGGCAACAAACAGUUCGCGAACUUCUCGGCAACAUUCUUGCUGCCACUAAUUUCCGUCAUUACGAGGGGGUCUUGGGAUUUUUAAACGCAUUUUGGUCCGGAAACCAGCCGGACUGGAGACCACUGGCCAAGGACCUGCAAGUAAAAGGAUUCCGGAUCUUGGUGAUUUGA